CCUGUAAAUCUUUCGAAACAUUGAUCUUACUAAAAAAACAAAACUACAAUAAUCUUAUUUUUAAAAAAAGCUACGGACAGUCCUCUAGAACACUAAUAAUGCCAAUGAGGCUAACUUCUACAAAAAGUUCAUUUGUGAAUGCAACUGAAAAGCAACACACAAAGGUGAAAAUAUAGAUCCUACUAUCAAAUGUAUGAAGAAAGAGCAGUCUAUAAUGUUUGAAAUUUCACAUAAUGCUGACAGGUAGCAUUUAACUCUGGCAAGAUAAAGGAGAGAGAUCCAUUUACUAACCGCCACCUAUUGAAGAAUUGCCAUUUUUCGUACAACUUGUUUCUGUUGGAAAUUGUUGCAAUGGCAGGCUUCCGACUUCAUUCUAUCUUGCUAAUAUUGGUAUCAUGGAUGUUAGACCUUAUGUGUUCUGUGGUUCUCAAGCAGAUAGCUUAUUUCAUCUGUUCUCCGACUGCCAGUUUGCUCAUUCUGUUUUCUCUAUCCUAAAGCACAAGUUGGAUAUUUCAUUUAGAUUUUAUGAUCAAUGGCAUAUUGGAUCUUGGCAUAGGGAAGGAUUCGAUUUGGGUAAACAAUCUUGUUUAACCCUUAGAGCCCUUAUUGCUUAUGCCUUUUGGAUGAUCUGGAAGGCCCGCAAUGAUGUCCUCUUUAGUGGUAAACUGGUUGCCCCUUGCAGCGUAUUCUGCAAGGUGGUAGCAUGUGUUGCUACACAUUCUGUUUGGAUCCCGCCUGAGAGCACCCCCGGCCCUCCUAACCAGAUUUUGGUUGUGUGGAGCCCGCCGAAUGUGGGUUGGUGUAAAUUGAAUGUGGAUGGAGCUUAUUGUAAGGAUUCUGGUCUAGGGGGUACGGGUUAUUUAAUCCAAAAUGACGCUGGUGAGUGUCUUGCUGCAGGGUGCAGGUUUUUGGAGAACAAGGACAGUCUUUAUGCGGAGAUGUUUGUCGUACUGGAGGGCCUUCGGCAUACUGCUGAUGAAGGGGUGAAAUCUAUUGUUGUUAGUCGGACUCAGCUAUCAUCAUCAAAACCCUCAACAAGGGAUCCCAACCACCUAGGAACCUAAUUAAUGUUGUCAGUGAUGUGUGACAUAUUUUGGAGUCCUUCCAUAAUUUUAAAGUUGUUCAUGUAUUCGGGGAAGGAAACAAGUGUGUAGAUUGGUUGGCCACUUGGGUGCGGUCAACUAAAAACUCUUUUUUGUGGAGAGAUCAUGGCCAGAUCCUUUUGCUGCAUUUUGAGUGCUGAUUUUUCUAUCACUGGUUGUAUUUGCUCCAUUUAAGCUAAUAUAGUAUUAUUUUUGGAAAAAAAUAAUAAUAAUUUGCCAUUCCAAUGAUCCAGAGUAAUAAUAGGCUGUGGCAUGACCAAUUACUUCCACUAAAUUUCAAUUUAUGUUAUCAUUUCAUAUAGAAAAGGAGUAAUUUCUGCACUUAAAGGUGGUCCUCUGAAAAUUUGGGAUAGCGCACUGUGGCCCCACAUCAGAAAAGCUGAUAAAACGAUACAUAGCCAGUAUCUUUUAACCAUGUGAUUAAUUUCCUGAAAUUAGCCACCAUACAGAAAAUCCAAACUUUUGUUUCUAAAAGGUUCAAGUACUAUGUGAUUAAUUUCCUGAAAUUAGCCACCGUACAGAAAAUCCAAACUUUAGUUUCCAAAAGGUUAUGGUACUUAUGUGGCUUUCCAUCCACAUACAGAGAUCCCAAACUUUGGUUUCUAAAAGGUUCUGGUAAUUAACUAAUUAUGUGGCUUUUCAAGCACAUUAUCCCUUCCAAGCCACAAAUGGUUACAUUGAAACUAAGAACUAAAGGCAGUUAAAUUCUAUCAACCAAACUGAUUCUAGUAAAGAACUGAACCGGUCAGUCUAAUUUAAGUCGUAGUAGUAAUUCUUCACAACCUGAAAACCAUAAAAGAUGUAGGACUUACUGAAUCUUUUUGUUGCAGUAUCAUAGAAGACUCAAUAAGGGAGCACAUUCAUCAAAGUGAAUAUUUCUCAGAAGCUCCAAGUAGAUGGUCACAUGAUACAUGAGCAAAAUAAUUAUCAUUGUUGCAGUAUCCCAAAGGACCCAAUUAUGGAGCACAUUUGUCAAUACAUAUAUUCUCAGAACCAACAAGUAGAUGGUCCAUGAUACAUGAGUAAAAAUGUUCUCACUACUACUGUCGGUAAGAAAUGGUUUUCACUACAUUACAAGACAUAAAACAAGAAGCAACUAUAUUUUAAGGAUUUUAAAACAUCAAACACUCUGCUUUGCAUAUCAUCAAGAAACUACAACGAAGAUCCUAUUCACGAGCAAUAAGUUGCCUGACACUAAUGCUAAAGUUCAUCAUGCUCUUGGUGUUCAAUGUCAAAGCAGACCUACAUUCUUAAGCUCCCAUUUUCCAUGAUUAGGACGAUUUGAUCCAUGUUCUCAAACUUAUUUAUAAAAGCAUAUACACCUAUGAUUAUGACAUACUUAUCUACAGUGUCAUGCUACGGUAUUAUUCGAAUAAAAUUAUAAAUUGCAUGCUACAAAUUUACCGGUGGACAGAACAUUUAGCGACAGAUAUAACUUCAAAAGAGAGAUUUCACAGAGAUACUUCACGAUCUUCCUAUAGAAAGCAUCCGAACAUGAAUCAUGGCAAACAAGGAACAGAGAAAGGGAUAAUUUGCACAAAAACAAGCAAGACGAGUACUUCA